AUGAUUUAAAGUCAACAGGUUGUUCGGAAAAAACGCACUGACAGUUUUGCAUGGACUGUCCAUCCUUGGUCUCAACGAGGAGUUUUUAACUGAGACUAAACUUAAAAAGAUCUUCUUUAUUAUUUUGUGCCUUGUGAAGGUCAAUGUUGAAGGUUUCGGAAAAUAGCAGGUCACAAUGAGCUCCCUCUCAGCAGACAGGGAGCCCCCUCUGGACUAUGGUGUCCAGAUUCGCUUUAUCAAAGAUUUGGAUGACGGGGUGUUCCCAGACAGGAGUCGACUGGCCGGUGGAGUUGGUGGCGUCAACAAUGGGACUCCUUCACCGUCUAAGUAUGGAGUAGCUGUGCGGGUGCAAGGCAUUUCAGGACAGCCAUAUGUGGUGCUCAAGGAUGGAGAAAAGGGGGACUCUUAUGGGGUACAGCUGAAGACUCAACCACAAAUCCAGAGCUCAGCCCCAAUUGUCUCUCAAACUUCCCCUUACAACACCCUGCUUCUGGGACAAAGGGAAGGGGCUCAGACUCCCCAGGGUUCUUAUAUCCUGGCUGACCAACCUAGCUGUCCAGAUGAGGAUUUUGGGAGCCCCUUAAGGAGGCCACCUGGUGACGGACAGGCAGGGACUCAAAGAGAAGCUGAGGCCAGGUCUACAGAACACCUCACCCCUUCGGCUCCCAAGUUGGACAAAAAAGAUGAUGAUAGUUUUAACGAAGCAGGGCUUAGGAAGGUCAAGCAGAAUGGGAUUGGGAGUAGUCUGAAUGGGACAGGGCUAAAUGGAGCCUCAUUGAAUGAUGACCAAGCCCCAGCUAUAGACACCAAGUCACUGGCUCCCAUUAAUAAACUCAUUAGCCGGUUUGGUGGUGGUAGUUCUGGUGAUAUUUCAAACACAGAACCCCGAACUCGACUUCGUCUUGAUUGCCAGGUUAGAUCUCACAGUGUGGAUGCCCUCAACAAACCUACAUUUGAGCCCCCUCCAACUUCACCAACGAUAAACCCCUAUGCUCCUAUCACUCCAGCUACAGUGCCGAAACUCAGCUCACUGAAACCAUCAACUGGCAGUCUAGGACGAGACUCCCCCUCUGUGGCUAAAGUUGCUGCUAUCUCCAAUUCCAAACCCCUCACCUUCAGCCAAUCACCAAAGCUCUUUGUGCCCAAAGAGACACCACCUGCUGUACCAAAGAAACCAGUGACCCCUGACCUCAUAAAGAGUCAGACCACGAGUGCAGAGAAUGGAAAUGGAGAGGAUGCCCAGACCAAACACGCUAUUUACAACAUACUUAAAGAAGGGUCUAUUGAGAGUGAGUCAGCCAUCAAGCACAAAGCAAGCCUCAUUCAUGAAGGGUUCUGUGGGGUGAAGAUCUUAGUGACUGACAGCAACAUGAAGACUGAACUGGAGCAGGUGUUCAACAAAAACACACAAUUACAGCAACUCCUGGACAAGGCCAAGAGAGAACUGCAGGAAAACCAGGACCAAAUGGUGGAGCUGCGUAUGGAUAGAGAGGCAGCGGAGUCUCGCUUACGGCAGCAGGAGGAUCAGCUAGCUCAGCUGCAGGAGGAGCUCAGACGAAUGCUGGAAAACUUGCCUCAGUCCGACACAAUGCCACUAGACUUGAUGACGGUGCAGGCAGAGCUGUCAGAGUCUCUGAUGCUGAAGCAGAAACUGGAGGACACACUGAGGCAGAGAGAGCGAGAGCUCACUGCUCUGAAAGGGGCCCUGAAGGAUGAGGUGGAGUCCCACGAUAAAGAGAUAGAGGCCCUGAGAGAGCAGUACAGUCAAGACAUGGAUGCCCUGCGUCACAGCAUGGAGACUGUCUCACAGUCUCAGCUGGAAAUCGAAGAGGAGCGUCAGAAGGUGAACGUCUCCAUCCUGGCUCUGGAGGAGGAGCUGGAGGGAUACAAAGAGCAGAGCGACCAAUGGAAUAAGCAGCUUAACUCCACCAACCAAGAGCUGCUGCAGGCUCAGCAGGAGAAGGAGGAACUGGAAGAGAAGCUGCUCGCAGUUAAGAAACAGACUGAUGAAACUGAUUCAAACUGUUUAAUUAAGCAGUGCCAAGACGAUUUGAAGAAAGCUCUUUCAGAAGUGGAAAAACAAAAAGCGGAGGCAGCAAAAAGGGAAGAGGAGCUUAAAUCAGUAUCAAGAGCCAAUGAGAAUCGAGAGAAGGAGCUGAAGGCAGAGAUUGACAGACUAAUAGACCAGUCUAAGAAAGACAAAGAGGAACUUGCAAAACUACUGGAGAAAACACAACAGCCCUCCACAUCAGAGCAAUCUCAAGAAAGCAAACUAGAACUUCAAGAGGCCAAUGCUCGCUUAAGAGAGAGAAUAGCACGCCUGACACGCCUGCAAUCCAGUGUCCCUGACAGCCUCUCAGAUGUUCUGGAGGACGAGAACCGGAGCCUGAGGCACCAGCUGGAGGAGUCCCGGCGUGCAGCUUCACGACUGGGUCAGGAGAAAGAGGAGCUCAGCAGACGGUUGGAGGACAGUGAGAGAGAGAGGGAAGCGCUGAGACGUGGCAAGAGCGACCUGGAGGAGCAGAAGAGACUGCUGGACCGAGCACUGGAGAAGAUCAAUAAGGAGAUGGAGACUAUGAUGGGAGAUUCCCGUCAGUCGGUGCAGGUUCUUCAGUCUCAGUUGGAUGAAUUCCGAGAUCGUUCUCGUAGAGAGCUGCAGGACGCUCAGAGACUCAGUAAGGAUAGGCUGGUUGAGCAACAGAGAGCACAGGCCCUCCUUAAGACCACCCAGGAGGAGGUGUCCCAUCUGAAGAAAGAACUGCUGUCAUGCUCCGAGGAGAGAGACAGCGCUCAGCUGGAUAAAGAGCUGCUGAGCAGCCGUCUCAAACACCUGGAGAAUGAGCUGGAGACGGAGAGAAGCUCACAAACGGACCACAGCAGAGAGAUCCGUCUCAUAGAGGACAAAGUGAAGACAUUAGAGAUCGAGUUGGAUGAGGAGAAGACUGGUGCAGAACUACUAAAUGAACGCGUCACUCGCAGUCGAGAGCAGGUGGAUCAGCUCCGUUCUGAACUGAUGCAGGAACGUUCAGCCAGACAUGAUCUUGAGAUGGAUAAGAGCGCACUAGAGAGACAGGCGAAGGAGUUAAAGUCUCGUAUUGCUGAUAUGGGCUCUCAGACUCGUCCCUCUGCUGGAGUCACUAUGCUAGAAAACAAGAUUCAGGAGCUAGAGGACCGUUUGCGUAGUGAAGAGAGAGAGAAAAACACCAUUGUAGCAGCUCAGAGGAGACUGGACAGGAAACUUAAGGAUGUGACGGCCACCCUGGACCAGGAGCGAAGUCAACAUGCUGAACAGAGAGACCAGCUGUCUCUGCGAGUGAAGGCUCUGAAGCGGCAGCUGGAUGAGAGCGAGGGGGAGGUGGAGCGUCUGGAGGGCGUCAGGAGGAAGGUUCUGCGGGAUCUUGAGGAGCAGCGGCAGCUGCAGGAGGCACUGCAGGUCAAAGUCAACGCACUGGAGAACGAGCUCAAGAGGAAGGUUCAACAGUCACGACGCCCAGCUCUGGGAAGCACCUUGAGUUCUGAAGAAGAGGAGAGUUUCUUAGACUCAAAAAGCAUCACGUCUAUUCUCACUGAAACCCCACUUCAGACCACCAACUGUUAAAGCCUGUUAAAGAACGAGAGUGGGGGAAAAUGUGGUUUUGCAUAUACUCGAUUUG